AUGGCUAGCUCUUCGGAGAAGCAGGAGGAAAUAAUUAAUUUGAAGGAUGCCUUCAAUCUGAGCAUUCUAAACAGGGAAAAUACCUUACUAAUUAAUAAUGGAAACGAUGACGAAUGUUUUCCGCAUGCUAUUCUGAUGGACCGGAGGAGUAUCGACCUCUUUAAUAUGGAUUUGACAAAGUACCAAAAAAGCGAGUACAGAAGAAUUUUUAAUUUGAACUCACGACAACUUACUGACGAACCAAAAUUUACGUCUGAACCUUCGGCAAAUGAAAAAUCAUCGGAUGCUGAAGAUAUGGACAAAAAAAAAAAAAAGGAGGAUAGCACUUUAAAGCCUCGAAUUCAUACCAUUUUGAGUUUCUUUGUGCCAUUUAUAGGCUGCCUGUCCUAUUUGUUUAGUUUAAAAUAUGAUGAAUCUUCGCCUAGACGCAAAUAUGCCAGUCGAGCGCUGUGUGUUGGCAGCGCCUUGAGCGUCAUUUACUCCUUUGCCCUAUGUUCCUUGUUGGGUCACUAUGUUUAUCAGUAUAACUCUGAAGACUUCUAUGGAUAUACAUAUUAG